CGGAGGGGCGCAGUGAGAGCCGCGAGCCGUUUGGGGCGUUUCGCUGAGUCACAAGGCGGAAGGGUAUCAACGAGCUACAAAUGUCCUGCUCUGCUCUUUCGAUGCCUGGCCUUUUAUUCCUUCCUUCCUCCCACCGACUGUUUCACUGAAUCGGUUUUCGUUUAAAGAGCCACUAACUUCCUCAGGUUCAGCUUGAGCUCAUUCAUUAGGCAAUUCGAGAAUUUUUCUGAAUGAGAAAAACAAAUUUAAAUUUUAGACUUUCCCCAGUUGAGAGCUAUUUGUAAACACUCCAGUUUCCUUUAUAUGCAGAAAACUGUUCCACCGGGCUCUUUGUGGAGCUGCAGGUCUGCUAUUCAAUCUAACCCAGCUCAGCCAGCAUCGGUGAGUGCUGCAGUUUAGGAGAGCCCAGGGAUUAGAUAUGGAAGGAGAUCACACCAAUGUCCACAGUGACGUGAGACAGCCCAAGAGCAGAUGUGUGGGUGUUCUUGGCCUUCCUGGGGUUUGAAAGGGCUUUAUUUCCCAGCUUGCCACUGCAAAGAGCAAAAGAAGCUGGAGGGGCCCUGGAGGAGACGAAUGCUUAGCUUUUACCCAAAUACAUGAUCAAUUUAGCAGUGACUUUAAAACAGUUGUUUAUAAUGUGAAAUGAAUGUGAAGAACUUACUCUUUGCUUAAUAACAGAGUUGGAAUUAUGUGUGUAGCAUGUCACGUGCACUGGCAUAUUUGUAAGCAGUAAACAUGGGGAAAAAAAAACAAACAGAGCUCUGAGUCCUGGGAGCCCUCUGCCCCAUUGUUUCUCAGUGUGUUGUCCCAUGUUCUUCUCAUAGGUUCAUUUGCUCUGCUCUUCAGGACAGUGACAUCUCACUUCUGAGACGAAUCACUGAGCUGCAAAAAGCUAUUGCUUGCACGGCACAGGAAGUACAACCAGGACAUUGCAGAGCACUGCAGGGAAAUAAACCUUGAACCCAAAUGCUGUAAUAUGCUUUUUCCAUUCAUGCUGCUCCAGUCCAUCAUCUUGGCCACCAGCUGAUGAGAUGGCACAUAGUGCUGAGGUCCAGCCAAGCUUUGAGGACAUUUUUAAUAUUAACAGGGAUGCUCAGGGGGACACAGUCAAUAACAUCCCGGUUGUAGAUCAGGAACGAUGUGGCUCAGCUAUCAGCACUGUGGAUUCAGAUAGUGAGUUUCGGACACUGAGAUCUGAUGUGAGCACAGGAUUUCUCCAUAUGACCAGCCCAAACAGCAUGGUGAAAAGUUCCCCAAUGAAGAUUAGAAACACCUCAGACCCUUCAGGCCCACAGACCUUGCAAUCCUCAGGGAUCUCCAAUUCCUUCACCAAUCUCCUGAUCAGUCAAUCGCCAACAGCUAUUUUUUGCAUGCCGACUCCUUCCUGUGAGUCCAGUCAGCUGUGUGAAGAGAGCACCAGUGAUACUGGACAGCCUGAUGGAGAGAGACAGAGCCACAGCCUGCAGGAAACAGGCAGCCCCAGAAGUCAUUCCACUCAGGACACAAAUCCCCAAGUCCCCCAUCUGGGGAAGACACUGCAGAUCAGUUCCAGUUCAUUUCUCCCUAUUGUUGAAACACAGCUGCCCACACUGGGUGCUGUGGGCCAACCUGUUGAGAGUAAUGAUAUUUCCAGCACAGUGAUAGCAGAACCUCAGGUACCAAAAAAAAGCAGAGACCAAAAGCAAAAAUUAUCUACAAGUCUUCCCUAUUCAAGAACGACAAUAAAUACUGGUCCUGCUUGCAUACCCAUAGAAGACUCCUACAUUCCAGCAGGCACUUCCAACUCUGCAGCUGCUUCCACUUCAGUUUGUUCCUUUCCUCCUCAAACCUAUUUUUCUUCAACCAUUCCCCCUCCUCUUCAGAGCAUUCCUUACAACGUACCAUUUCCCACUCGCCUCCACUCAUCCCCCUCUCCAACUGGCCCUCCUCCUUUAAAAACUGUGAAAGCAGCAUUGGCACCAGAGCCCAAAGGUGAAAAGAAAAAGUUCUUCACUUUUGUUGUUCUACAUGCUUGGGAAGAUGAGCAUAUUGCCUGUCGCAUCAAGGACCUGCUGGAGAACAUGGGGGUUCCCGAUGGUGCCACAUUCUGCGAGGACUUCCUUGUUGCAGGACACAACCAGCUGACUUGCUUUCAGGAUGCUAUGGAAAACUCUGCUUUCCUUAUCCUUCUGCUGACCAAGAACUUCCUGUGCCACCAGUGUAUGUUUCAAACAAACUCAGCUCUGAUGCAGUCCAUCCAGCGACCUUCCAAGCACAACUCUGUCAUUCCUUUUGUACCUAAGGAGAAUCCAUUGGAGCGGAGUCAGAUUCCCAGCAUGCUCAGUGUGCUGGUGGCUUUGGAUGAGAACUCUCCUGUGUUUGCCAGGACAGUGCAGAACACCUUUACCCCCGAGAAAAUCAAUGAAAGGAAGGCCAUGUGGUGCCAAAUACAGCAAGUCCAAGAGCAGAAAAGGAAACGAGAGCUAUAUCAGGAUCACUGCCAAACACUGCAAAACUUAGGUGUUCGGACCCGUGGCUCCCUUCCCCAGAUGUCUCCAUCAGCAGUGCAGCUGAAUCAGUCAAGCCUAGAGCAGCUGCUGGAACAGCUCCUGCCUCUCCAGUUAUCCCAACAGUGCCAUCCCCCAUCAUCUGUCUCUGCUGCCACACACCCACUUCUUCGGGCUGGUUAUCCCACAUCUGCUCAGCUGGGUCCCUCUCCUUCCCAACCACUUGAUCUCCCAUCAGGUCAGCACUACAGGACUGCACAUCCAGGAGGUGCCCAUCCCAUCAUCGUUCAACAUGCUCAAAUGGUUCAGAUUGGGAACCACAACACAAUGCAUGUGGAAACUGCUGCACCAGGUCCACAGGACAGUGGGGAAGAAUCCAGGGAGAAUGCUUAAUCAGAGAUGAAGAUCAGCCAGAGCCACCCACUCUUCAUUUCAAACCCUAGACUAGAGAGAUUCUGCUGGAAAAGGGACUAUUCUGAUUUCUUGGAGCACAGGAGAAAAAUGCCUUCUUUUACAAAGAGGUUGUCAUUUCCUAAGACUACUAUCCAUUUGCUUAUUUUCCUUUAACCAAGAAAACAAUUUUCUUGAUUUUCUGAGGAUUAACUGAAAGGUUUGAUAAAUAAAUUUUAAUUAAUUUAUA